AUGAUUUUUAUGGUUGAAACGCCUUCUAUAUAAACCAUUUUGCUUCAACAUAUUUCCAACAAAACAUUCUCUCCGGUGCUGCAGCUAGGUCUAGUGUUACAAAUUAUAUGUCAUGGUGGCUGAAACACUAUCCAAUGUCACUGGAGUCAAAGUGGAGUUCCUUGAAUUCCCUGCGACGGUGACACCUCCGGGCUCCACAAAAUCCUAUUUCCUUGGUGGCGCAGGGGUGAGAGGGAGGAAUUUUAAUGGAGAAUUUGUGAAGGUGACGGCAGUGGCGGUUUAUUUGGAAGACAAGGCCGUGACGUCACUCGCUGCCACGUGGAAGGGCAAGAGUGCAGCUGAGUUGCUGGAAUCCCUUGACUUCUACAGAGAUAUCAUCAAGGGUCCCUUUGAGAAAUUAAUUCGAGUGUCGAAUAUAAGAAAAUUGGAAGGUUCGGAAUACGUGAGGAAGGUGUCAAAGAACUGUAUGGUCCAUAUGAAAUCUGUUGGGACUUAUAGUGAUGCAGAAGAAAAGGCCAUUGAGGAACUGAGAAAUGCCUUCAGUGUUCAUAAUUUCCCACCAAGUGCUUCUGUUUUCUACAAACAAUCACCCACUGGAACAUUGGGGCUUAGUUUCUCGAAAGAUGAGACAAUGCCAGAAGAUGAAUAUGCAGUGAUAGACAACCUGGCACUCUCAGAGGCAAUUCUGGAGACUAUGAUCGGUGAGAAACCAGUUUCCCCUGCUUUGAAAGAGAGUUUGGCUUCAAGAUUCUGUGAGUUUCUCAAAGAGGCCAAUCCCAACACUGAAACUCAUAACUGAUAGUCGCACCAGAUAUAUACCAACAAUCUUUAGUGUGACAAUUGGGGAAAAAUAAAAAUAAUGUAAGAGACAUCUAAAUCUCAUAAAUAAAUAUGUAUAAUGUUGUUCCCGCAUGCACGUUGUGGAUUUGUACCCCAUAUUAAUUUAAAUGAAUAGUCAUUCCUAUUCUUUUU